AUGACAACCCCACAAAGCGACCAUACCCAACUCGACCUUCCACUGCAAUAUCCCAGCAACGAUACUCCCAUAGAAGACACGUAUAAGCAGCGGUACAAGUCCCUGAAGGAACGAUACCGAUACAUCAAACGACAGAACGAAAUGUUGGCUGAUGAAUGCCAAGCAGCUUUGGCGAAAUUGAAUAGGUUAAAGAUUCAAAAGAACCUGUUACUGGACGAUAUCAUUCGAGCGGAGCAAGCGUAA